AUGCAUCUGUUACGACCCCUUCGGCACUCGGUAGCGGCCACCAGAACAUCGUCCAUACGCAUUGCGAGGACCUCUGUGGCAUUCUCGAAGCCCCAUUCGACUCGUGGGCUCUUGACCCAGUCACGAGAUCGUGGAUCUAGUGAUCCUCCAUUAAUCACGCAGACCAUACCUGAGUACUUCAGGGAUGUAGUUAGCGAGCAUGGCGAUAGACCUGCAGUGAUAGCUCGCCAUCAGAACGCUACUUUGACCUAUCAAGACCUGGAUAUUCAGAGCGAUGCUCUCGCGCGAGGACUUGAGAGGCAGGGUGUGCGAAAAGGUGAUCGAGUGGCCGUAAUGCUCGGGAAUGGAGUCGAAUACUGUGUCGCUACGUAUGCACUCUUCAAGCUUGGUGCAAUGCUCGUACCUCUGAAUCCUGCAUUCAACGCUCUACAAAUCACUUCAGCCCUUACUCACCUUGAGGCUUCGCACCUCAUCAUAUCCUCCGAAAUUAACCUGCCUUACAAAGCGCCGAGAUCAGUCAUGCCGUUACUCGCACACCUGAUCCCUGACAUGAAGAGAUCGAAGAUGGAGUCGGAAGCCGUCUCCAGCUUGAAGGGUGUUAUCGUGGUUGAGAAUUCGAGCGGUCGAGUAGAUACUGAAGCGUUUGGAGCACUGAAUAGCUAUACAGAUGUGCUUCGAGAUGGGGAAGGUAAAACGUUGGCGCCGAAGAUGUUGGAUGCGAAUGAUGUGGUCAACAUCCAGUUCACGUCUGGCACGACGAGUAUGCCGAAAGCUGCAUGCUUGACGCACCGCUCUGUUCUGAACAACGGCAAGAGCAUUGGUGACAGGAUGCUCUUGACACACAGAGAUAUCGUCUGUUGUCCGCCACCUCUGUUCCACUGUUUCGGAGCCGUAUUAGGAUACAUGGCCACAAGCACACACGGCAGCGCCAUUGUCUUGCCUUCCGAAUCUUUCAACGCUGAAGCUACUUUGCGUGCAGUACAAGAGAACGCAUGCACGGCACUCUAUGGCGUACCUACCAUGUUCAUCAGCGAGCUGGAGUUGCUGGCUUCUGGUACAGUACCAUACGAAGGCUUCUCCCAGCUGCGCACAGGCAUUGCGGCAGGCAGUAGCAUCCCAGCUGCUUUGAUGAGCAAACUCCACGAUGUGCUUGGACUAACUCAACUGACGAUCUGCUAUGGUAUGACGGAGACCAGUCCAGUCAGUGCAAUGACAACGACCGAUGACCCGAUGUGGGCUCGCAUCGAAACCGUAGGACGACUGCUUCCACACGUGGAAGCCAAAGUCGUAGGUGCAGACGGCAAGAUCUUACCACCGAAUGUCCGCGGCGAACUUGCUGUGGCUGGCUAUUUGGUCAUGAAAGAAUACUGGGGUGACGAAGCUCGUACUCGAGAGGCGAUCCAACCAGACGAAGAAGGUAUUCUCUGGAUGCACACAGGCGAUGAAGCCAGCAUGGAUGAGAAGGGAUAUGUGCGCAUCACUGGACGCAUCAAAGAUCUCAUCAUCCGCGGUGGCGAGAACAUUCAUCCUCUGGAAAUCGAGAACGCUAUUCUCAAACUCCCGUCUGUGACGGAUGUCUCUGUGGUAGGCUUGCCAGAUCCCAAGUACGGCGAAGUGGUCGCAGCAUUUAUCAUGCCGAAGAACGCAAACGCGAAUGAAGAAGAGAAAGCGAAAACCGCCAGAGAAAUCAGGAAAUGGGUCAAGGAGACGUUGAGUCCGCACUUGGUGCCAAAGUACAUCUUUUGGUCCGAGGGCUGGCCGAAGACAGCAUCUGGGAAGAUCCAAAAGUUCAAGUUGAGAGAGACAGGUGUCGAACUUGCCGAAGGUGGGCAUGGGCUGGAUACUUGA